AUUUAUCAUACCAUCUCACAUGACAAGCGUGAGACUAAGGAGGGGCUUUUCUUAUUCUUUGAAAUAUUAAAAAGACUCACUUUUGAAGUACUCAAAAACUUUAUUCAGUAUGUCUUGUGGUGGUUUAACAGAUCAGAAAACUGCUGAUGCCGAAAUACAGAAAAUCUGUGACGAGAUAAAGACUGCAGCUGAAGGGAAGGCAGGGAAAUCGUUUUCAAGAUUUGAAGCCAAGUUUUACGCCAGUCAAGUGGUCGCUGGUACAAAUUUCUUCAUCAAGGUUCAUGUAGGAGAGGAUUCCUAUGUCCACGUUAGGGUAUUUAGGUCGCUUCCUCAUGCUGGAUCCACACUAGAGCUCGAUAGUAUUCAAGUCGACAAGUCUGAGGCUGAUCCAAUAACCUACUUCUAAUACUUGGUAAUACCAUGGAAUGAAUUCUAAUAUGAGCAAUCAUCCACUAAAAAUAAUUUCCCAUGAACUGAAAAACAUUAUAUAUUUCUUAACGAUACUGUAAUAAAAAUUUUUAUGUCUCCUAAAAUCUAUGCACCAUGUAAACUUUCGUAUUUUCAAAUGAAAUAAAUAAUAGAACUUAACUUGUUCCUAGUGACUCCCCCCAAACUACAGACUUUGUAAAAACUAAAUAUCUUUCAGACAUGCAAUAAAUGAUAGCCACCCUAA